GUACAAUCGCCAAUUGUUGAUCGCCCCAAUACGGGUGUCCUUUCCUCCAGUGAGCCCUGAUCGGCAGAGGGUAUGAUCUGAAUUUCCGUAACACAGACGCCUCUGUCGAGAGGAAGUAUGAUCCGCGCGGGGUCCACGAAGCAUUCUAUCCACUACCUCCGAAUGUUCCCCGCGCUUUUGCUUGAAUAGCCACCACAGCUAUUGCUCCAGCGACUCACCUCAAUAACGAAGAGAUGACAAGUACUUCCUCCACCACCACUUUUGACGAUAGGCGUCCCAUCUCCAUGAGCUUCCGUCAUAGCCAGUCCGGGAGACCAUCCUCGCCCCAUACGCCUCAACACCACCUCCGAUCCAAUAAUUCUUCCUUCGCAAGCACCUCCUCCGCAAGCACGUCAUUUCGAGGAGAGGAAGAUGCUAUCAUAUUCGAGUUUGGCUCCAGAUGGCUUCGAGCUGGAUUUGAGGGCGAAAGUACUCCAAUGUGCGUGGUCGGAUGUGGUCCAGAGGAAUCGAGGAGAGUCGGCGACUACAGAGGCUGGUUGAAAAGCAACAAUGAAACGGAUAUAUCACACUCACGGCUAGUCAAAGCGGAGGAAUGGACCGGCGCAUACGAACUCUGGAAUAUGAACCUACGCGACCUGGAUUUGGCUCUCGUUGACGACAAGAUCGAGCGCAUGUUUCGAGAGACCUAUAAUAAGUACCUGUUGACAGAUGCGGGAACAUCACGACUGGUUUUGGUCCUUCCAUCUAUUAUGCCGCAUCCUCUACUAUCGUCACUUUUGUCGACCCUUUUUAGCCGUUGGCGGUUCCCAAGUAUCACACUUUUGACGAGUGCUCCCAUGGCCGUGACUGCAGCUGGGCUGCGUUCAGCUUUGGUAGUGGACAUUGGAUGGGCGGAAACAAUUAUAAGCGGAGUCUACGAAUACAGAGAGAUGACUGUCAGGCGCAGUACACGGGCUAUGAAGUCGCUGCUCCAGGAAACAGGUCGGCUCCUCACACGUCUCUCAAAUGGCAGCGAGGCCUCGCAGUCAGCGGAUGAAAUCUCCGUCAAGUUUGAGCUCUGCGAAGAAGUUGCUAGUCGGUUCUUAUGGUGUAGGUCCAAGGCGGUCCCUCAGGGCUCUACGGGGAUAUCGGAGCAACAGCCGGCCGAAUCUCAUGAGGACGAAGUUAAGACGACCGAUCAACCCGCGGUUUCACUUGCAGAAGAAACAGUGUCGCUUCCCUGUCCAUCAGGUUCCGGUACCACCUAUAUCGAUAUCCCCUUCUCGAAACUCGCGGAACCAGUGGACAAGGUUCUUUUUGCGGAGGGCUUAGCAGAAUGCGAGUUGGACGAUGAGGAAAAGCCGCUGCCGUUGUUGGUGUACAAUACCCUUCUUAGCUUGCCGCCCGAUGUCCGUGGCACGUGUAUGUCGCGCAUCGUUUUCAUUGGAGGAGGCUCCAAUAUCCCCGGUAUCCGACGACGCAUCCUCAGAGACGUGGCGUCCCUGGUUGAGAAGUAUGGCUGGUCACCUGUCCGUGGCAAGGUGAUUGAACAGCAACGACAGAAGCUCCAGAGCCUAAGACUCUCUCAGCCACAACCGCUCCCGGUCACGAAGCAGGGAGAUACAGACGAUUCCCCCGACUCUGGCACUGAAAAAUCCACCUCGGAACCACAAGCAGACGAUGAAGAAGUCGAUCCAGUUGAGCAGAAGAUUCGCCGUAACAACAAGGACAAGGAUGCUAAGCCGCCGGUGCAAGGUGUCCUGCGUGAAGUCGAAUCCCUCGGUCCAUGGGCAGGAGCCAGCCUUCUUACGAGUCUCAAGAUCCGAGGCUUAGUCGAGAUUGAGCGGGAGAAGUACCUUCAACAUGGCCUUGCAGGGGCUACCCGCGAUUGGGAGGUGCACGGGCAUGCUCCUGAUAGACGCUCGGGGCUACGGACGGGAGGCGACCGGUCUAGCUGGACUUUAGCUGGCUGGGGAUGAUUCUAUGCUAGAAUGGUCUCCGCUCCAUCUAUCGUAUCCCCCACGUGUCCACCCCACCGCACGUGCGAUCUAUUUAAAUAUGCACUGGAAUUUGAGAGGCCCCAUCGCUCCCUACACUAGUGCAGACGGCACCCUGAAAUACCCUCUGAUUUUGUUCUCCCUGAGAUUGUCGAAGCAGUUAGCAGUAGAUACGAUACCCGUUAGAAUCUUGCAGCAGAUCAU